AACUUCAUAGUUAUUGGACACAUCUGUUUCAUUUUUGCUAGGAACUCGGGGCGUCUUGUGUGGACACAGUGCUCGCUCGGAGCUUAUAAGAAGAAACGGCUUUGUGUUACUUCAGGUUGGACAAUUUUGUGAAUCUACUGUCGGGGCUUGGCCUUUUUGUGCCUUUUCUGGAUAUACGACGGGAUGGAGUGCAAUAAGGAUGAGGCUCUGAGGGCGAAGGAGAUUGCAGAGAGGAAGUUUGAUUCGAAGGACUUUCAGGGGGCAAAGAAGUUUGCCCUUAAGGCUCAGGCUCUCUUUCCUGGGCUUGAAGGCAUUGUUCAGAUGAUCACCACCUUGGAUAUCUAUCUUGCUUCAGAGGUGCUAAUUGCUGGGGAGAAGGAUUGGUACUCUAUCCUUUCUGUGCAGACUUCUGCUGAUGAUGAGACUCUGAAGAAGCAGUACAGGAAGUUGGUCCUUCAGCUCCAUCCUGACAAGAACAAGUCGGUGGGUGCUGAGGGUGCUUUCAAGAUGGUCCAAGAGGCGUGGACUGUGCUGUCAGAUAAAGCAAAGAGAGCCCUGUAUGACCAAAAUAGGAAACUAAUGGCUUUUGAACAGAAAACCUCUCAAUCAAAAAAAGCAAGUGCAGCUCCUGGUGCAUCCAAUGGCUUCUAUAAUUUUGCAGCCAAUGCUGCUGCUUCCAAGGCAAGGGCAAACAAGCAAAAGGCAGGACCAACAACAUCUGCAGUGCGCCAGCGCCCUCCCCCUCCCCGUCAGGCUCCUGCUUGUGCUCCACCUCCAGCAAAGCCACCUACCUUUUGGACCUCAUGCAACAAAUGCAAGAUGAAUUAUGAAUACCUGAAAGUGUAUCUAAAUCACAAUCUUCUCUGCCCUAGCUGCCGUGAACCAUUCCUAGCAAAAGAGGUACCGAUGCCACCUACCGAGAGUGUUCAUGCUGUGCAUGAUCCAAACACCAGUGGUGCAAAUCAAAACACAAACGCUAGUAGAAAUUUCCAGUGGGGUCCAUUCUCAAGGACAGCUGGUGCAGCUAGUGCUACUGCAUCAUCUGCUGCUGCUGCUCAAGCUGCGAACAUGGUUCAUCAGACAUAUGAGAAAGUUAGGAGAGAGAGGGAGGAGUCACAAGCUGCAGCUAGAAGGGAAGAAGCUCUUCGGAGGAAGUAUAAUCCUCUGAAAAGGCAAUCAAAUAUGUCAGAGAAUGUUAACCUUGGAACAGGGGGCAACUCAUAUGGAAAGAGGAUGAGGACUACUGGUAAAGAUGCUGGAAUUGGUUCUUCAUCCAUUCUAUCAGGUCCAGGGGCCAAUUAUUUUGGAGUUCCAGGUGGAAAUAUAUCAUUUUCUACUAACAGUGGAGGAUACAAUUUUCAAGGUGUUAACGGUGGAUCCAGUUGGAUGCCCAGACCUCCUACUCGCAUCAGCUUGUUCAAGACCUUUGCACAGUUCGAUAUUAGAGGUAUUUUGAUGGAAAAGGCAAAGACCGAUUUAAAAGGCAAGCUAAAGGAGAUGCAGAGUAAAACAUUGCAAGCUGCUGCUAAUGGUAAAAAGAACAACAAACAGGCGGUUAAACAAAAUGGUGGGGAAGAUGAAACUCUUGCUUCAGAUGAUUCUACUGCACACCAAGAUGCACAUGUUGAUCCAGAGACCAAUGUUUCUGUUGAUAGCGCAGAUGCAGAUGCUGAUGAUGAAAAUGGGGACCCUUUAUCUUAUAAUGUUCCUGAUCCUGAUUUCCAUGAUUUUGAUAAAGAUCGCACCGAAGAAUCUUUUCAGAGCGAUCAAAUUUGGGCUACAUAUGACGAUGAAGAUGGCAUGCCUCGUUAUUAUGCAUUUAUUCAGAAAGUUCUCUCCCUGGAGCCAUUCAAGCUCAAAAUCAGUUUUCUCACAUCAAGGACCAAUGGUGAAUUUGGUUCUUUGAACUGGGUUUCUUCUGGCUUCACAAAGACAUGUGGCGAUUUCCGGAUUUGUAGAUAUGAAACCUGUGAUGUACUCAACAUGUUCUCUCACCAGAUUAAAUGGGAGAAAGGUCCACGUGGGGUUAUAAAAAUUUAUCCACAGAAAGGUAACAUCUGGGCUGUGUAUCGGAAUUGGUCCUCUGACUGGGAUGAAGAUACUCCAGAUAAAGUUCUUCAUGUCUAUGAUGUGGUUGAGAUACUGGAUGAUUAUGAUGAGGAUCAUGGCAUUUCUGUCAUCCCCUUGGUCAAGGUUACGGGGUUUCGAACAAUAUUUGAGCGGAAUCAGGACCUCAAUGCCAUCAAGAAAAUUCCCAAAGAGGAGAUGUUUCGGUUUUCACAUCAAGUGCCCUUUUAUAGGAUGUCAGGGGAAGAAGCUCCAAAUGUCCCUAAAGAUAGCUAUGAGCUUGACCCAGCUGCUAUUUCUAAAGAACUUCUUCAGGAGAUCACAGAAACACCGGAGGAGUCAGAUGCAACUUCUGAGUGCUGAUUAAAACAGUUGAUCUUCUUAGAUGCCUCUGUUCACCUCCCAUUUUGAAGCUAAUAUUUGUAGACAACUUCUAGGUUCUAUAGUUUCCUACCUUUUAUUACUUUUGACCUUUACCUUUGUGCACUAGGAUAGUAUGGGCUAAUUGUUCAGGGGAAUAGGAGAUAGCUUCUGUUGUAAGGGGUGUUCUGACAUGAAUUUGUUGUUAUAACUAUACUGUUAAGCAACUCUAGAAGGAUGAAGUACUAA